GAUAUCAGGCAAUCCAACGAGCAGGGAAAAUUCCUUCUGUCUCCUUGCUUGCCGUUGAAGUGGUUCAUCCAUCGGCUCUGUACAUUUACCUAAGAUAAGUCGAUGCGGGGAUGUACUGCACGUGACAUGCAAUGUUUGUCACUUCGACAAACAAGAACGGUUGAAACUUUCCAGGGAUUUUUAAGCCUCUUUUUCGUUCCUGAAUUUCAUGCAACCAACCGCCAACCAACCUCUCUUCGAGAUAUUUCUUCUGGAAAUAAUGCAAUGCGGAAGCACGGCACAGGUGGGAUCUGCCGGCAAAGACCUUGAACCCUGGAAGCAGCCAAAAUCCGACAAUAAGCUUCUUCUAUUGUUAUGUGUUAUUCAAACAUGCUUAUGGCAAGGGAUGGCAAAUCCUCUUGGUUCUUGUGAUACGUCACGAUAGGCUCUAGAUCUGCCAAGCGUUUAUUAUACAGUCUAUGGAUGUAUAGACGCGGCUGUUGUUGAUUCAGCUGAACCCGAUUUCAUACCCAGUGAGGCCGACCCAGGUCAUUGCGAAUCCGCGUUGAAUCUUGUCCUUUUUUAUUUGUCGAAAGUUAAUCUGAUCUGGCCCCCUAAGAACCCAUCUUCUGCGCCCUUGUUUUGCAGUCCAAGAAAAGAUCGUCCUUAUCUACGGUGCCUUGAUUUAUUCAUGGGCAUUAUUAGCCAAGCUGUAUUUAUAUGAACCCAGUUGAUGUGCUGGUCAUUGAGCAGCGGGCUGGGUUUCCAGAAAAACCCGCGCAGGCUUCUCGGCUCACCAUCAACCUGCUUUCCCUCUGAUCAAACUGCCCAAUGGAAACGGAAUGCAGUGCUACAUGCCAGCGCUUUUAAAUUCCGGGCAUUUUAAAUGAGUUUCUUCAUUUCCUUUUUCCUAGACAUGCUGCCAAACGCCCAGGCGCUAGAUUUGGAUAUGGGUGCACAUCUCACUGUUAUUUUUCGCUUGUUGUAUUGUUACCAUCCGUAUGCUGUCACACCUAUCUUCUAGAUAUCGACCAGUGCUAUAUCUUGUGUCUCGCUGUACGAUGCAUAUGGUCGCAUUAAACGCUCCUUUAACUCUUUGGGCUAUUCAACCGCUAAGGGGUUCCUUGUUUAAGCUAGACGCGGAAAGGGGUGUUCCCAGUUCUGCUACAUCAAUUCACUCUGUACACUCUCCAAGGUAAUAAUGCCCCUGUUCCUCAUUGUAUCAUUUAAAAGGGCAUGGAAGCCCUCCCCCAUCCCUACUCAAGACCGAAAGUUGCAUCAAGUUUACGGUACUUCGUUUUCUGGAGGACAUUUCUUUUAGAAUAUAUUAUCCGACCGACCAGUCUGUCGUUUCCGAAUGCGCGCCUUUCUGUUAGGCUUCAUUGGAGCCUCUACGCUGGUUUUACCCGCUCUCACUUUCCCAAAUCCUUUACCUGCUAGGUGCGAUAUAGUAGAAUGGCUUCCUUCAGUUCCUCCAGGGUGGAAGCAACAAGAAGCUCCUCCCCCAAAUACCCUUAUACAAUUUCGCCUUGCUGUUACGCAAGAAAAUGGAUGGUUGUUUGAACAAGCGGUCCUCGAUCUAUCAACACCGGGACAUCCAACCUAUGGUAAAUAUAUGAAGCGAGAUCAAGUCCAGAAGUUCCUAAAACCAUUACCGCAAGUGUCAGAAUCAAUUUUGUCAUGGUUAGAACGAGGAGGUGUUUCCAAGACGGCGAUUGCGGACCAUGGCGACUGGAUCAAUUUCAAAAUAUCAGUCGCGCAAGCAGAAAGACUACUUCAAACGAAAUUCUUCUAUUUUUCCAACCCAACUCGCGGCACUCGGGUAAUUCGAACGCUGGAAUACUGUGUUCCCCCUGAAAUUUUCCCUUAUGUCCAUAUGAUCCAGCCGACGACGAGAUUUAGUCAACUCCGACCCGACGCAACAAGCGCUAGCGCUCUUCAGCUUGUGGAACCUGAUGAGCCUUAUCCCCCAGUUAACUGCAGCCUUGCUGUUGCUCCAGCAUGCAUUCGAGAAAUGUAUAACAUGGGGAAUUUCACGGCUACCCCAGAUCCUCGCAAUAAGCUUGGAGUUUCGGGCUACCUUGAACAAUACGCAAGGUACAGCGAUUUGGAUCUCUUCUUUCAACUGUACGCCCCGGAAUUAGAAGGAUCCUGUUUUGAUGUGGUUUCCAUCAACGGCGGGUUGAACUUGCAAAAUUCGAGCCUGUCAUCAACCGAAGCUAGCCUGGACAUUCAGUAUGCGCUAGGCCUUUCCAACGCUACGACGGUAUAUUACACCACAGGGGGACGUGGCCCAAUGGUUCCUGACCUCGAUCUCCCUGAUCCAAAUGCGAACACGAAUGAGCCUUACUUAGACCAAUUGCACUAUUUACUCUCCCUUCCAGAUGAGGAAUUACCAGCCAUUCUGACGACUUCAUACGGUGAAAAUGAACGCAGCGUACCGGAGAGAUACGCAAAUUCAACUUGCAAUUUGUUCGCCCAACUAGGCGCACGCGGGGUAUCAGUCCUUUUCGCUAGUGGAGACUAUGGACCAGGAAGUGCCUGUCAAUCUAACGAUGGCAAAAACACUACACAAUUCGACCCCGUCUUUCCAGCGGCCUGCCCUUUCCUAACAUCCGUUGGUGGGACACAAGGCGCCAACCCUGAGACUGCAAUAUACUUCUCUUCGGGAGGAUUUUCUGACCGAUAUUCCCGCCCGGCAUACCAAGAUGAAGCAGUUUCAGCAUAUCUGGCCCAAUUAGGCAAUAAAUGGGAAGGACUCUAUAACCCUGCAGGUCGUGGGUUCCCAGAUGUCGCAGCGCAGUCGGCACAAUUUCACAUUAUUGAUCAUGGGAGACCCAUCUAUGCAUCAGGAACGAGUGCCUCUGCACCCGUAUUCGCAGCAGUUGUAGCCAAUCUUAACUCUAUCCGCCUAGCUCACGGGAAACCUGUGCUUGGAUUUCUCAAUCCACUCCUAUAUAGUCUCAAGGGGGUAGGUUUAAACGACAUCGUCGAGGGUUAUUCGGAAGGAUGUACCGGCAUAUCCAAGCUGUCCGGCUUGGAUGCGCCCUACAUUCCCGGAGCCGGCUGGAAUGCGACGACUGGAUGGGACCCUGUGACAGGCUUGGGUACGCCAAAUUUUGCAUUGCUCGCCGAAAUCGUGAAAGUUUUAUGAGGCCGUUUUAAGACUUUUUUUUAGCUUUUGCUUUGCCUUUUUUUUUUUUUUUUUAAAC